UAGAGGGCAGGAGCGCAGAAAGGAAUGUCCGAACACGGAAAUUAUGGUUCAGCGUCUGCAGUCUGCACGCAGAGAGCGAGAAUCAAAUAAAACCCGGAAUUUUGCGGCGUUGAGCCUCUGGUCGUAGCCGUAUUCUGUCAACGCCGAAGGCGGAUGGACCUCUUCAAGCCAGCCGUGCGCAGCUGAUGAUGGCUAUAACUAUAACUGAGCCUGCCCUCGCGUCUGUGCCUGCGCCGUCUCUCCAGCGACCCCGCCGUGCUCUUUUCUUGCUCUCCUCACUAUGGCUCGCCCUCUUACUCUGAGGUCUACGACCGUGCUGGCCGUCAUGGUCCUCGUUGCCUGUCUGUGGUACUUCACUGGCGUGUACACUAUACAGUCUUGGACACUGGCCAAAGACUACGCCUGUGGGCCCUCAGAGAACCAACAGAAAUCUGAGAGCAGCGAGACCAUCAGCAGCAGCAACUUUGUCGACAAGGAAGCAGACAAUACAGACGUCGUUACAGCAUACGAAAAAUUGGCUGCAAAGUGCGAGGACCCUUAUCGUUUGCCUGGCUACCUUUACCUGCCAGAAUUAGAGGAGGAUUACAGAGAGACACGGUGGAUACCGUUUCGCGAUACAUUUCACGAACUACCGGCGCUAGCAGGGACAGUCUACCCGCCGGAGAACAACGACACAGAAGCGAUGCUACUCGCAAAUAACGAGAUAGGCUCCGAAUUCUUUGACGCAGCACCGACGUCAUGGAUGAAGAGGCUCGUAAUAUACCACAACAUUUCAAACAAAGUCGAGCAGGCGAAACGGCUCGAGAAGCCGCUCAUUCUCUCCACCCGCGAGCGAGAGAUAAUGAGACAGAUGAAGUGGGUCAACAAUCGGCGCGUGCUCUACGUCGGCGACUCAGUAGACCGGAUACCGAUUCUCUCGCUGUGUGAGGAGCUAGGGCUUGAAAUGGUCAGCGACGGAGGCCCCGUUCAUGGCAAACGGCAGACGACGGUGUACUGCCAUGUCCCGAGCAUCAAUUUCACAGUGGUUCAGUGGCACGUUCCGGGGAUGCUGACUUUCAGGCCAGACUGGUGGUGGGAGAAAGAAAUGUCAAUUGUGGCGUUCGAGGAGCGGUUCGAGGAGAUCUAUUUGAAGUACUCGCUUCCGUUGGCGAUCAAUCCUGCGGGAAAAGCGCCUGAUUUGGUGUUCGUGCAGACUGGGUUGUGGGACGAGCGAGCGAUUCGAUAUGCCGAAUAUUUUGCGGGAGAGCUAGAUGGUGAAGAGACUCCAAAUGCAAACAGGACUAGAAUACCGUGGAGUCUCACAACGCAGCUGACAUGGACUCAGCUACGGUUUAUCAACGUCCGUUUUCAAAAACUGGUGCAUAAGCUACAGGAUAUGUUUGGCGAGGAAACGCCGAUUAUGUAUCGGUCAUUAACCAUGAGAAAAGACAGCAAGCUAGCUGAUCUGCCAGUCAUAUCGAUUGAUCGCAUGCACCGGUCGAUGGCCAAGCAUCUAAACUUGGAGGUCUUUGACUGGGGUCGUCUGAUUUACGGGCAUUCAAACUACUUCAAGGAUCAGAUGCAUGUCCUUAGCGGGCCACUGACGUGGUUGUGGAACGAUAUGAUGCUUGGCUAUUUGUUCCGGGCAGCUGGAGGAGUCGAGGAACAGGGAAAGAUUGUGCAGUGGCCUGAGAUUGGAACAGCAAAGAGCUGGAACACGGGCGAGAACUGGAACAGGUGUCAUCGCUAUCUGACGGGAAAUGACAAUCGCUGAUAGCAUAAUCGAUGGAUAAAUAAUUAAUUGCGCAUUUGAAGCUGAAGACCACUUUGUGAACGUGUAAUAUAGACUAUUCAAUCAGAUACUUGCUUACUA